AUGACAUGCCGAGGACAAGGUGGGGAGACUUAUCAGAUACCCAUCACUCCUCCUCUGGCUGAUCACGAGCUCGUCGGAGUUCGGGGCUCGACCCCGGCUUCUAUCGAGUACACUGGGCAAGCCCUGCCACUGACGGCUUCGGUGAUGGGGAUGUUGCAGAGGAGUAUGGACCUGCUGAGUAUCUACAAUAUCCCAGUGAGUUCUUUCAACCUCAGUCUCAAGACCUUGCAUAAUCUGUUCCAUACUGAUCUGAUGCGUUACAUUAUCAAUACGGUAUUUGAUACACUGCACUCACAUACCACUCACGACACUGAUACACUCCUAAUAAGGUCAUCUACCUUUACUCAUCGAAAUACCGGUCCUCUGGGGCCUUUCACGGGCUAUGCAACUAUACUUAAGGGUUCAAGAUUUUUGAAGCCUGCCCAGAAGCUGUUGGAUGAAAUUUGUAUUGGGAGUGACCGAGAGAAACCCAUCAAAAAAAGUGAGGUGUCUGAUAAGGUUUCUGCAGAUGCUGGUAAUGCUGCUAAGUCUAUGGUUGGACUUGGCGAUAAGGGCGGUGAUCACUCAGGUGUUUUGUCAUCCACAAUUUAUAGUUCAAACGAAAUUAGGGGGGAAGGUGGUGUUGGCAGCAGCUCAAGUGAAUCUUAUGGGCCUGAAUUUCAGCAAAAGAAGGCAAAGCUGUUAUUUAUGCAGGAGGAGUGGAUUAGAACAAUAUACCCAAGUUUGACCAUAAUUUUGGGCCACAUGGGGACGACCCUACUUGAGCUACCGCCAUCUAUGAAGCAUGGACACUCCAAAAUUGGUGUCGUGGCGGUGUCCGACAUGAGGACACGCCGGGGACACGUACGGGACACGCCAGAUGGCGUGUCCCUUUAAUUUAAUGUUUUUUUUGGAA